AAGUGGCUGUUCCACUGGAUGUCAUAAGGUGAAUGCACCAAUUUGUAAGUCGCUCUGGAUAAGAGCGUCUGCUAAAUGACUUAAAUGUAAAUGUAAAAAUUAUUUUUCAGUUAAAAAAAGAGAGAGCAAAGAAGCCCAAAUGUCCCAUCUAUGCAUUUUUUCAUUAAGAAAAAGUUUUGUAGGUGAAUACAAGUCAUCACUGUACUAAGCCUACAGGCCCCAUGAGUUUUCUAUAUAGCCCUCGUCCUCUGUUGAGCAUGUCACCCCUUCUCAGACCUGUGUAAUUACAUCUCCAAUCACAGACAAAUGGUUGAGUGUGCACAGACCAGCUGUGCCAAGGCCCUCAUUUGGCCCCUACGAGACAGUGAUUCGAGUCACCUCAGAUCCACCCAAACUCAUGCCUGCUGCCAGUUGAUUACAAAGCAAAACCACAAAGCCAAAAUCUAGUCGCUAAUGGAUUGACAUCUGGCGAUGUCUCACACUAUUAGUCACAUGUUCUCCUGUAAUUGAACACUUUUCCAACUGAAAUACAAAGGAUGCUGAUCUGAAAUCAACUUCCUAAACCUCAACAUGAGAAUAUAUCCAUUGAAACGAGUGCAGUGUGGCUGCUGUGAAUAGUCGGCUGGUGAAAUCCACCCUCUCCAGAAUGACUCAUUUCUCCAAGUUGGAUGUUCUCCCUGCAGUGGUCAUUGUAUGUCUUUCUUUUAAAGCAACCGCCUCACCGAGAGCAGUGGGAAGUGUUCCUGGCUGGUCUCACUGUGAUGCAUGCUGUGUCUAUCUGCUUUACAACCUGCAGGCGGCCAUAGCAGCUGCCUGCAUUAGUGUAAUAACGUAAAAGAGAUAUUUGAAUAUUGAUACCACUUGCAUGUCUACUAUGAGACAUGGUACAAAGGAUUUCAAUCGCUGCUGAAAUGUAAAACUGUCUUGAAUGCCAAAGAGUCUGUUUAUCCUCACUUGGAUUUGCAAACACGAGGGAGACUUGGGUGCUAGGAAUCUGAGGGCAUGUUUAUGUGUUAUUCAGAGUUGGACUGUAAAUAAGGCAUUUGAUGAAAGGUGUUUGUAAGUAAACAUCAUUGUACAUUUAGCAGCCUAUUGCAAGUGCCCCAAUUACCAUCAUUAGAGACGUUGUUGAGAUUUGUCACCAUGAGUUGAAUUUCCAUUGGUCUAAAUUACACAUUGGCUAGCCCCUGUCUACUGGGUAAGCUAGUAUCUGGACCACAAGUACUCAGCGGAGAGACAAGGGGGGGGGGAGAAUCUAAUCCGGCAGCCCUUUUUCUAAACAGAAGAGUCCCUUUUAAAUAUCCUUCAAGAGAUUGGGUUUAUGAAAUAAGAUAGACCACAAGUGAGGGGAAAGAAUGAGUGUGGUAAGGGAGACGUAAUGUAUGGAAAGUUAGAUUCAGCUCCUCGGUUUAAAGCUACAGUAAAAACGACGAGGCAAAAAGACUAACGAGUUACAGUAAUACGCUCAAAAUGGAGGAGAGGACCUCUGCUUUCCAACGUUGUCCUCUUCACGUGUCAUGAUCUCAGUGCACAUUCAGUGCAAUGUGUGCCCAGUUAAGUCCUUUUCCUACUUUCUUUGCCAUCUUAUUUUCCUUCCAUGUGACGCUAAAACACUUUUACGUUGAGUUGAAUGAAACUUUGGCAAACCAGAAAGCCUGGCUCUUUUUCAGAGAUGUACUAGUUUUCACUGGACUUUACUUUUGGAUCCCAACCAGGUUUUUUUUCCCAACUUCCCUUUAUGGAAAUGGCUCAGGAAAGGACCAGGAUUCAGGCUGUGCGAACCUGAGACUUUGUGGGGAAACCGUUAGCAUCAGAGGUUCUCUGCAUGACCUUUAUUCUACUCUUCAUGUUCUACCUCAAAAUCAUUUCAUAUGUAUCACAAAUAAGCUGAUAAAUACAUGUAGGUUAAUGUGUGGGAAAGAAAGUACAUAUCGCCCAUAAAUACAUUAGUAGCUGACAAAUAGUUUUCAUCUGUUUAUGCCUUGUUGCUAUGACUGAUUUUAGAGCUAAUAAUAGUGUGUCGUUGGUUUCAGGCUCUGGAACCACAAUGCACAGCAGCUACAAUGAGGUUGUGCCAGAGGAGGAGUACUACACUCCCCAACUGAACUACAGGAAUCUAAGAUGGUGUCACUUUCUGACCCUGGCCAAUGGGGAUGUGACCUGCCACUUCCCCCGAGGAGAGAACUACCGCAGCACCCUAGGCACCCGCUGCGAGAUGACCUGUGACCGUGGCUACAAGCUGCUGGGCAGAUCCUCGGUGCAGUGCAUGCCCAACCGCCGCUGGUCUGGGACCAGUCGCUGCCGCCAGGUUCGUUGCAACGUGUUGCACCUGAUCUGGCAUGGCACGUACCACUGCACCCAGGGUUAUGUGGUGGACUCCAGCUGUGGCUACAUCUGUGAGCUGGGGUACCGGAUCGAGGGGGACCACUCUCGUACCUGUCUGGAUGGGGGGGUCCUGGAGUGGGGCAGAGUCCAUCUGUGCAGGUGUCCAGUCCUCAAGCCCCCUCUCCAUGGUUACCUCACCUGUGACUCUGAUGGGAACAACUACGGGGCGGUGUGCGAGUACCACUGUGACAGGGGCCAGGAGAGGAGGGGGAUCUCCAGCCGUGUCUGCCAUUUCGACCACAGCUGGACUGAGGCCCCUGCUGAGUGCGUCCAGUUUAAAACCGAUGUGGAUACAGCUUCUGGGCUCCUGGACCGGUUCUACGAGAAGAGGAGGCUUCUGAUUGUGUCGGCACCUAACGUAGCCCAUGGAGACUACAAGCUCCAGAACCUUAUGGUACAGAAAGCAGAUUGUGGUCUGGACAUAAGAGGAGUGACAGUGAUUGAGCUGCUAGGGUCCCCUCCUCGAGAAGUGGGCCACAUCAAGGGACGUCAUUUGGACACUGAGGUCAUUGAGGGUCUGAGGCAGGCUUUCCGGAUCCUACUUCAACAUGGUGCUGCUGGACAAGGAUGGUUUGGACCACGAGAGAUUCCUCACACCCACCACAUCCGAUGAGCUCUUCUCAUACAUCGACAAUAACCUUUUGGACGAAGAAGAACGGAGGCGGUUGGUGUUAGAAACCUCUGACUAAGAGUGCCCCCUGGUGGCUUGGAGAGGUCACACUUUCAAAAGA